AUCAACCUCAGAUACAACGGCACCAACAACAAGAAUUAAAUGUUGUUCCAAUACCAACUUUCUCAAGUGAGAAUCAAGAUCCCAUUGAGUGGCUUGAGGUCAUCAAGCGUAUCUUCGAGGCUAAUGAUAUACAAGGUGUAAGAAGUUUAGCCGUCGUUGGUGGAAACUUAAAAAGGAUGGUCGCAAUUUGGUGGGAUGGGAGACGAAUGCCCAACCACAAGUCAAUAAUUGGAUAA